CUAACUCUGACGCGACUGAGGGUGCCUCGCAAUGCCUACUCCGGUUGCCAAAGGGAUUAUCAUCACUGUGUCGGCGCUUGUCGCUGCAGGUAUCGCGGUCUACGAAUCGCCUCAGUUCCGACAAUGGGUGAACAACUCACGGCGAAAACUCGCACUGGCACUACACCAUCUUGGCGAUGAGAUUAAUCCACGAGACGCGGCCGCUUUUAGGCAGGAUAUCUCGAUGACGGAGGAGGUGGGUGCCGCGGCUGAGGAGCGACGGCGGCUAGCGGUGGAAGAGCUUCAACGGCGGCGCAGCUUGCUCGAAGCACGUCGCAAGGCUCGAGGAGGUACACCAGCGAGCAGCUUCGAUGCCCUGGUGGAUGACAGCGGUCGACUUCUGGACAGUCCAGAGCCACACGCAAAUGACUCCAUGGCGAACUCGACUGCGGUGGAGGUGACGACGUCACAGCCGGUUCAACGCGGCAAGCAGACAGGGAACUCGACCCCCCUCAUUGAAACGGAUAGCCUGAACAACAUCGGAAAUCGUCUGCAGAUUGCCAUCCCGCAGCCUGGCUCCCAUGCUCCCUCUCUGGUUGAGUUCACACCUACUUCGGAAGCCCCGGACAAGCUUGCGGCCUCGAUGCAUUCCCAGCCCGAAGAGGGCGAGCGCCCCGUAGAAUGGGGUGGCUACCAUCGGCCCGGCUCAGCUGCUUCCAGCCACACUGAAGAAUACUCUCAGAUCAUUUAUGCUUAUCCGGAUGGUCAUGCAGUCAACGACACCAGUAGGGACUUGAGAUCUCCAUUUUCGGAUCUGUCGGACUUGGAUUCCGAGGGCCACCCCGACCAGCGCCCGUCCACGCCGUCUACAGCUGGUAGCUUCAGUCAGAUAUAUGAGUCUGCGGUGGAUGGGUCGGAGGGCACUCUGAGCGACUUUGAGCGGUCCGGUGCAGCUACGCCGGCUAGUUGGUCCGAGAUUGGCAGCGUUAUCAGCAACGAGGAACCCCAUCAUAUGUAGGCACGGAAAUGCUGGACUAAUUUUGAAGGAUUUUUGAAGGAAGG